AUGCUGGCAUACCUGCACCCCUCGGGCAAGCCCCCCACUUCACUGAGCAACCUAGCCCAGGCCCUCGACCAGGCAGCUCAGGCGUGCCCGAAGGGGAGGAGCCAGCACGAACGCCUGCUGGCGGAGGCGCGGCGCCUGCUGGGAGCCCCCGGCCUGGACGGGUACCCUGGCGACCUGGACUCCAUCACGUUGCCACGGCACGCCGCCGACGGCGCCGUGGACACCGAGGGGGGCCGGCUAGAGGUGUCCAGGAACGGCAGGGUGCGCGCACGGCCCCUGUCGUGGUGGGCGGGGGAGCGGCUGAUGUAUGCCAGCAAGGCGGUGGGCGUGCAGGGCGUGCACGCCGGCUCCCCCUGCGGCGACCUGAUCGGGACGGUGCAGCUGGACCGGCCCGAGCGCUGCGGGACGUGCAUAGCGUGCACGGGCGGGGAGGAAAGCGGGGAGUGCGUCACCCUGCAGGCCCUGCGCAUCAUGCUGGGCGGCGGGCAGCAGCGGGAGGCGGCUGCCCCGGCCGCGGUGCCCGCGGCCAAGGGGCGGAAGCGGCCCGCAAAAGCCACGCGUGGCGCUGGUCCUAAGCCGGCGGAGCGGAGCAAGAGGGCCAGGGCCGCCCGUCCCGAGUCCAGUCGCUCCGGCAGCGAGGAGGCGGCGGGGGGCGACGGGUGCUCGAGACCAGGGGCCCCGCCUGCGUCAACCUCGUGCUCGCCGCAGGCCCCGGGGAAUGAGGGCCCCCCCCCCGCCGACGAGGCCUGGACGCGGGAGCAGGUGCAGGCCCUGCAGGCCGCAUGCCUGCAGGUGGACCCCGCCACCACAAACUUCUGGAGCGUCGUGGCGGCAAAGGCGGCCAUGCGUCGCGUGGUGCGCCUGGCCCAGCGCGAGGCGCGGUGGGAGGGCGAGGCGGCGGAGGCCAGCCCCAGCACGCUGGAGCGAGUGGCGGAGCGCCGCGCGGACCAGGCGGCCAGGGACAAGCUGAUUGACCAGAUCUUCAGAAAGCGCGGCGGGCAGGCCUGGGGCGGCGUGCUGGCCCAGGGCCUGGCAGGGCCGCGGGCAAGGGAGGCUGGCGCAGCCCAGCUGGAGGCCGGCGAUGCGCAGCGGGCGGUGAGGGGGUUGCUGGCCCAGGAGCCGGCGCCCGCCCUGUCCGACGACUCGGAGGAGGAGGUGGACUACUACUGGAGCGACGCCUGA